UCGUGUGUAAUGAGCUGUGUCUCUCUCUCUGUCUCUUUCCUUCAAGCUCGUUCCAGUUCUUUAUCAAUUUUACCUGUUACAAAGUCCUUUUUCCUUCAUCAAAUUAAACUUUUCAUCAAAUUCCUUUUUGGGAUUUAUUUGAUCCUUUUCUCUUUCUUAAAAUUUGUCAGAGGUAGAAACUGCCUUUUAACUUUGGGGAGUUCAUUUUAAAUUUAAUUUUAAACACCUUUUGCUUUUACGACCUCUCACUUUGCUCCUGCUUGGAAAUGUCCAUCUCCGGCCAGCCUGUGGCUCAGUUCAGUGUGUGGGACUAUGUGGUGUUUAUUGUCAUGCUGCUCGUGUCUGUGUUCAUCGGAGUCUAUCAUGCAGUUAAGGCCAGAGCCCAGCAGUCCAACAGCCAGUUCUUGCUGGGAGGCAGGCAGAUGAGGGCAGUGCCCGUUGCCAUGUCACUUACUGCCAGCUUCAUGUCGGCAGUUACGGUGAUUGGGACACCGGCAGAGGUUUAUCGCUAUGGGGCCAUCUUCUUGAUCUUCUGCAUCAGCUACUCAAUAGUCGCCAUCGUCAGCGCUGAAAUCUUCCUGCCCAUCUUUUACAGACUCAACAUCACCAGCACCUAUGAGUAUUUAGGGAUGAGAUACAACAAGACAGCUCGGUACAUUGGGACCUUUCUCUACAUCAUUCUAACAGUGCUGUACACUGGCAUUGUCAUUUAUGCCCCAGCAUUAGCAUUGAAUCAGAUAACUGGAUUUGAUCUCUGGGGAGUUCUCGUCGCAACAGGGCUUGUCUGCACCUUUUACUGUACUUUGGGAGGCCUGAAAGCUGUGGUAUGGACUGAUGUAUUCCAGAUGCUGAUAAUGAUCUCUGGCUUCUUGGCUGUGAUAAUCCGAGGUUCGGUUGUCCAAGGAGGAUUUGAACGCAUCUGGAAUAUCUCCUAUCAUGGAGGGAGACUCAACUUCUGGGACUUUGACCCAGAUCCCUUAAGACGCCACACAUUCUGGACAAUUGUGGUUGGUGGGAGUUUUAUGUGGACGGCAAUCUAUGGUAUCAAUCAAUCUCAGGUCCAGCGGUACAUUGCCUGCAAAAGCAUGUGUGAGGCCAAACUAUCUCUCUACCUAAACAUGGUUGGCCUCUGGCUGACAGCCGUGUGUGCGGUGCUGAGUGGACUGACCAUGUACUCCAUUUACCACCAGUGCGACCCAUUGACAGCAAAGCAAGUCAGAGCACCAGACCAGUUGCUCCCGUAUCUGGUGAUGGAUUUUCUAGGAGACUAUCCUGGUGUACCAGGACUUUUUGUUGCAGCUGCAUACAGUGGGACACUGAGUACAGUCUCCUCCAGCAUCAAUGCACUGGCUGCUGUCACAGUGGAGGAUAUCCUCAAACCUAAUUUCAACUUGUCAGAGAAGAAACUGACUUGGAUCACAAGGGGACUCAGUCUUAUGUUUGGAGUCAUCUGCAUUGGAAUGGCUGCAUUAUCCUCCUUAAUGGGAAGUGUGCUCCAGGCUGCCCUCACUAUUUUUGGGAUUAUUGGAGGUCCGCUGCUUGGAUUCUUUCUGUUAGGCAUGCUGUUCCCUUGGGCCAAUUCAGUUGGUGCAAUAUCUGGCCUCGUUGUCAGCUUCGUACUGACACUGUGGGUUGGAAUCGGUGGGCAGAUCUAUCCCCCGCUACCUGAGAAAACGGUGCCUUUGCCCCUCAGCAUCGAGGGAUGCCUGUUCAACGUUACUACGCCCACAGAGCCUGUCACUGAAAGCACCUGGAGGACAACGAGCCACGUUACGGAGCCGGACUUCAGGCCAGAAAUUGCAAACACAUGGUAUUCACUCUCCUACCUCUACCUGAGCCCAUUAGCAACCAUGAUCGCCUUGAUUCUUGGGCUCAUCAUCAGCUUGCUGACAGGAAGAGGCAAGAACGAGGUGGAUAAGAAGCUGCUGAUCACAAAGAAGGAUCUGGUGUGCUGCUUCUGGUUGGCCAACCCGGGUGAUCACCCUGAGGAUAAGGACAUCAAGGUGAUGACAGACGAGGUAGAAGAUAAGGGCCAGGAAAAUCCCACCUUCAGUCAUCAAGAGGUCAACUGUCCAGAGAAACAGGAUCCCAGCCUAUCCACAACAUAUUUAUAGGCAACAUAUGUACCACCUUCAGCACAGUAAUAUUGUAUUAAGUAGUUUCCAAGUGCUGGGGAUUUUAUUCACUCUCACAAGUGUGUUGAGUGAUAUGUCUAUCAGAUUGGUUCAUAGGGGUGUCCAUUGGAAGUUCUGUCUCCCUCCUGACACACCCCCAGUUUCUGAAAUGCAAUGUGGAGUUUUCCACUGCAUUUGUCUGAAAUCCCAGCAGGAGCAGCUCUGAAGAAUUUUGUGGCAUUUAACUUUAACCACUCACAUGCCUGAGAGUGAGAAAUCAACAAAGACAUUUUGCACACAAACACUAGAGGAGAAUUAACUUUAGCUGUCAGCUUUAAGCACAUUCACAGCAACAGGUGUUAUUUGCACUCAAUUCCACACUUCCAUUUUCAUCCACUUCAAUGCAUCAUGUGAAGGUGAAUUCAACCAAUGGCUGCGCACAUUCAUGCAUUAGUGCUGGCACUCAAAGAUGAAUUACUCCCCUAGUAUUGUCUAACAUACCCCCAGAUCUUAACCCCUGGUUAAUAUGGUUUGACCAGAGGCACAUAUCUUAGUCUUUAAGUUUUUCGCUCAUGCACUGAGAUGCCAAAUUAAAAACAUUAUUAAAGGAAUAAAUAGUUAAUUAUAUACUCUAUUAGAUUCUAUUAUAUUGGAGCCCUUCACAAAAUAACAGUGCAUGGGCACAUUCAGCACAAACCAGGCACAAAGCUGUUCAUAGUUGAGCAAGUUUCCAGAGGUAUGUUUUGCACAAUUUAGUUUGCACAUCACCACAACUUAAAAUCCAUCAUGAAGAGCACAAUCAGGCAAUAUUUUAAAGUGUAAUUUUUUUUUAAUUUAAAGAAAAAAUUUUGGUAAAUUUGAGUGGAAAUAUUUCAGUUUGGUUAAUAUGUUAGAAAGGGUUUAUUAUAUAAAUAAACAUAUUAAUCAAUC